AUGAUAAACGAGGGCCUAGCUGUUGGCCUUGCCUUAGGGCUAGGAAUCCCUCUCUCCGCCCUAAUGAUAGUAUUAGCUGUGGCCUACGGCCGUCGCAGACAUCCAAAACUGCCUGCGCCUAAUCCCUCCUACGGAACGACUACAGAAAACUGGCUCAAUCUAUACAACGCAACCCGUCCACGUAUCAGCCACCCUCCCAAGCCGCUUGUAUAA